CGACGCUAACGGGCUGGCACUCGCGGUCCCACGUUGGCUCAGGGACACCCUUUCGGGGGCGUGUCCUCCCAGUUCUAGAGGUUCCCAGAGAAGAGGAGGUGCUCACUAACCAGGCAGCUCGCCCAGACUCCGGGCAGUGAGAGGAAGGGAGCGCCGGCCGCGGGAGCGGGAUGGAGACCAGCAGCCCGCCGCUCCCGCGGUCCAGCCCCAACCUGGGGCUGAGCCUGGACGCCCGGCUGGGCGUGGACACGCGCCUCUGGGCCAAGGUGCUGUUCACCGCGCUGUACGCACUGAUCUGGGCGCUGGGCGCGGCGGGCAAUGCGCUGUCCGUGCACGUGGUGCUGAAGGCGCGGACCGGGCGCGCUGGGCGCCUGCGCUACCACGUGCUCAGCCUGGCGCUCUCAGGCCUGCUGCUGCUGGUGGUCGGCGUGCCGGUGGAGCUCUACAGCUUCGUGUGGUUCCACUACCCCUGGGUCUUCGGCGACCUGGGCUGCCGCGGCUACUACUUCGUGCGCGAGCUGUGCGCCUACGCCACGGUGCUGAGCGUGACCGGCCUGAGCGCCGAGCGCUGCCUGGCCGUGUGCCAGCCCUUGCGUGCCCGCAGCCUGCUGACGCCGCGCCGGACCCGGUGGCUGGUGGCGCUCUUGUGGGCCGCCUCGCUUGGCCUCGCCCUGCCCAUGGCCCUCAUCAUGGGGCAGAAGCACGAGCUGGAGACGGCGGGCGGCGAGCCGGAGCCGGCCUCGCGCGUGUGCACCGUGCUGGUGAGCCGCACCGCGCUCCAAGUCUUCAUCCAGGUGAAUGUGCUGGUGUCCUUCGUGCUCCCCUUGGCACUAACUGCUUUCCUGAAUGGGGUCAAAUGUGUUUGCUUUCUCCUGGCGCUGUCUCUCGCUCUCCCAUGCUCUGCAGGAGCCAUCGUGGCCAUGUAUGUCAUCUGCUGGCUGCCGUACCAUGCCCGCAGGCUCAUGUACUGCUACGUCCCUGAUGACGCGUGGACUGACCCACUGUACAAUUUCUACCACUACUUCUACAUGGUGACCAACACACUUUUCUACGUCAGCUCAGCGGUGACUCCUCUCCUCUACAGCGUCGUGUCCUCCUCCUUCAGAAAGCUCUUCCUGGAGGCCCUCAGCUCCCUGUGUGGAGAACACCACCCCCAUGGAGCGGUUACCCCCUGAAGCCCCACAGUCCCACCCUAAUGGAUACAGCUGCAGGCUUUGGGGAUCCCCCAGAAACCCUGACCCGAAUGUCUUACAAAAAUGAACAGAACAAGCAGAAUGACCAGUUGCUUAAUCAUCUGGCAAAGCAGGUGAGCAGCCUUAUCACUAAUCAUUCAAGCUUUGCAGCCAGGGCGACUUCCACCAACCCCAGCUCUGCUGAGAACCAUCAAGUGCAGGGAAGCCACGUGACCCCUCCUAGCCUCAGGCUCCCUCAUCUGUGUAGUGGAGAUAAAGAACAGCACUCAUCUCUUAGUGUUGUCUGAGACUAAAGUGCUUAGCACACAGCCUGGUGCAUAGUAGAUGCUCAAUAAAUUUUUGCUGGCACGA